AUGAGGCGUUUCAUCCUCAUCUUGCUUCAAGGAGUAUCUUUCACGAUUGGCACGUCAAAAGAUUACGCACCCCACCAUGUCAAAUGCACAGCCCAAUUUGUUCGACCAGCUACCAAACUCUCAGAAGCGGAGCUCAAGUACAUCGAGGGUCGUCAAGCCGUUGUCAAGGAAGCCCUCAAAGAGUACCUCAGUGAAACUGGCUUUGAUGAUUUUGACGUCCCUGGACUCUUCGCCAAGACUGGUGGUAUUCCCAACGUUGCCGUCGCCUUAAGUGGUGGAAGUCUGCGUGCCAUGACAUUUGGUGGUGCAGUAGUUCGUGCCUUGGACAGCAGGACGGUGGUUGGCACAGGCACCAGCACCCUGGGUGGCCUCUUGCAGGGCUCAACCUACAUCACUGGGCUUUCUGGGGGCUCCUGGCUGGUUGCUUCGAUGGUAGCAAACGAUUGGCCGACUGUCGACACGCUCAAAGACAAAUUCUGGUCGAUCCAGGAUGUCGGCAAGCCACCUCCUGGUAACUGGAAAGCGACUUACAGGUACUAUAAGGACAUCUUUUCCUCUAUUCAAACCAAGAUGGAAGCCGGAUUUCGAGUGACCAUGACGGAUCUCUGGGGCCGAAUCUUGUCGUACCAUGUCUUGGACCGAGCAACGGGCAUGACAUCCACCCAUUGGAGUCAAGUCGUUGACACGAAUUCUUUCAAAAACUUUCUGAUGCCCUACCCGAUCCUUCUCUCCGUCUUUCGUCCACAAGGUCAAGAUAUUGUUCCACUUGACGCUCCAGUUUUCGAGAUGACUCCACAUGAGACUGGUUCAUGGGAUGCGCCAUUUCAAGCAUUCACGCCCACCAGAUUUCUUGGAACUCAGCCAGAGAACGGUGCUGUAGUUCAUGAGCAAGAUUGUAUCGAGGGUUACGACAACAUUGGGUUCAUGAUUGGAACCAGUGCAUCACUAUUUUGUGCCAUCAUUCGACGCGGGAUUGAGAGUGGCUUCUUGUCCAAAAUCCUAGCCAGUGCUACACAUCUCCUUCAAACAGUUCUAGACAAGGAUGACAUGGAUGUUGCUCGCUUCCCAAACCCGUUCCAAGGUCUGUUAAGUUUGCCGCCAAAAAUCAAGCAAGAUCCUGAUUUGACCCUUGUUGAUGGAGGCUUGGCCGGUCAAAACAUCCCUCUCUGGCCUCUGUUGCAGCCUGAACGCAAAGUAGACAUCAUUCUGGCUAGUGAUGCUACAUCAGACGACAAAGAUAACUGGCCCAAUGGUGAAGCACUGAUUGCAACCUAUCAGCGAGCCACAGACAAAAAGUACACGCAUCGCAAGCCCAUUCCUAUGGCAGUCAUCCCAGAUCAAGAGACUUUUGUCAAGCAUGGCUUGCACAAGACCGUCACCUUCUUUGGCUGUGAAGCGAAGGAUAGUACUAUGCCAAAUGAACACACUCCACUCAUCGUCUACAUCCCCAACAACGCACAUCAAUUCAUGAGCAAUUAUUCUACGUUUGACCUGAUGUAUUCUGAGGAGAAUAUCAAGUCGACGUUUGCUAAUGGUCUCGCCAUUGCGACAUUUGAUGAAUCAGCCGAGUUUCGCAUUGCCAUGAGCUGUGCGAUCAUGAAGCGAAGCCUUGAGCGAACAGGCAUGAAGCUCGAAGUAUGCGAGACUUACUUCGAAAAGUAUUGCUGGUCGAAGCCAUCUUCAAAAUGA